GCCCCUGAUAUGGCUACAGGUGCAAAGAAUUUUAGACCAAGAAGCCAUGGAUAGGAGAAGUGUGGGUGAAACAGAAAAUGGAGAUGCUUUCCUUGACCUGAAGAAGCUGCCGUCCUCCAAAUCCCCCCAUCGCUAUACAAAAGAGGAGCUCUUGGAUAUAAAAGAACGCCCCCAUUCCAAACAGAGGCCUUCGUGCCUUUCCGAAAAAUAUGACAGUGAUGGUGUCUGGGACCCCGAGAAAUGGCAUGCUUCUCUCUAUCCAGCAUCAGGACGGAGCUCACCAGUAGAAAAUCUGAAGAAGGAACCGGAUCCAGACCGGCCUUCCCUAGUGCGCAGGAUAGUAGAUCCACGAGAACGUGUAAAAGAAGAUGACUUAGAUGUUGUUCUCAGCCCACAGAGGCGAAGCUUUGGAGGGGGCUGCCAUGUGACAGCUGCUGUUAGUUCCCGGCGCUCAGGAAGUCCAUUGGAGAAAGACAGUGAUGGGCUUCGCCUGCUUGGUGGACGCAGGAUUGGCAGUGGGAGGAUAAUCUCCGCCCGGACCUUUGACAAGGAUCACCGUCUUAGUGAUAAGGACCUGCGGGACUUGAGAGACAGAGACCGUGAGAGGGACUACAAGGACAAGCGUUUUAGGAGGGAGUUUGGGGAUAGUAAGCGUGUCUUUGGCGAGCGUAGAAGAAAUGAUUCUUACACAGAAGAAGAACCAGAGUGGUUCUCAGCUGGACCCACAAGUCAGUCUGAAACCAUCGAACUGACUGGUUUUGAUGAUAAGAUACUAGAAGAGGAUCACAAAGGGAGGAAAAGAACACGGCGACGGACAGCCUCUGUGAAGGAAGGCAUAGUUGAAUGCAAUGGAGGAGUGGCCGAAGAGGAUGAGGUGGAAGUCAUUCUUGCCCAGGAUCCUAUUGCAGAUCAGGAAGUACCAAGGGAUGCCAUCUUGCCUGAGCAAUCCCCAGGAGAGUUUGACUUCAAUGAGUUCUUUAACCUGGACAAGGUGCCGUGCUUGGCCUCGAUGAUAGAAGAUGUGUUGGGAGAAGGGUCGGUCUCUGCCAGUCGGUUCAGUAGGUGGUUCUCUAACCCAAGCCGAUCAGGAAGCCGAUCUAGCAGUCUUGGUUCAACACCACAUGAAGAACUAGAGAGACUGGCAGGUCUGGAGCAAGCCAUUCUCUCUCCUGGACAGAACUCUGGGAAUUAUUUUGCUCCUAUACCAUUGGAAGAUCAUGCUGAAAAUAAAGUGGAUAUUUUAGAGAUGCUACAGAAAGCCAAAGUGGAUUUAAAACCUCUGCUUUCCAGCCUUUCUGCAAAUAAAGAAAAACUUAAGGAGAGCUCACAUUCAGGGGUUGUCCUUUCAGUGGAAGAGGUAGAAGCAGGGCUCAAGGGCUUGAAGGUGGACCAGCAAGUGAAGAAUUCCACUCCCUUUAUGGCAGAACACUUAGAGGAGACCCUCAGUGCUGUAACCAGUAAUCGACAGCUCAAGAGAGAUGGAGAUAUGACGGCGUUCAACAAGCUUGUGAACACCAUGAAGGCAAGUGGGACUCUGCCUUCUCAGCCCAAAGUCAGUCGAAACCUUGAAAGCCAUUUGAUGUCACCUACUGAGAUUCCAGGCCAGCCUGUCCCUAAGAACAUCCUGCAGGAACUUCUAGGCCAACCAGUUCAGAGACCUGCUUCUUCCAAUCUUCUGAGCGGCCUUAUGGGGAGUUUGGAGCCUACAACAUCUUUAUUGGGCCAAAGAGCAUCCUCUCCUCCGCUGUCACAGGUGUUUCAAACUCGAGCAGCCUCUGCAGAUUACCUUCGCCCAAGGAUACCAUCACCAAUUGGUUUUACACCAGGACCACAGCAGCUCCUCGGAGAUCCAUUCCAAAGCAUGCGCAAGCCCAUGAGCCCUGUCACAGCUCAGAUGAGCCAGUUGGAGUUGCAACAGGCAGCUUUGGAGGGGCUGGCUCUGCCACAUGACCUUGCAGUGCAGACAGCAAACUUCUACCAGCCUGGCUUUGGCAAACCACAGGUAGACAGAACCAGAGAUGGAUUCAGAAACAGGCAACAGCGAGUGACCAAGUCACCAGCACCCGUACACCGAGGGAACUCCUCUUCCCCUGCCCCCGCCGCCACCAUCACAAGCAUGCUUUCUCCUUCCUUCACCCCUACCUCAGUGAUUCGUAAGAUGUAUGAGAGCAAAGAGAAAAGCAAGGAGGAACCACCAUCUGGAAAAGCUGCUCUUGGUGACAGUAAAGAGGAAACUCAGAAGGCCAGUGAAGACAACCUCCUGUCAUCCAAUGCUGUAUCUAAUGUUGAUCAAGACUCUCCUCCCACCACAAAUCCUAAACUGUCAACGUUACAGCGGUCUUCGUGUUCCACCCCACUCUCCCAGACCAACCGUUACACCAAAGAACAAGAUUACCGACCUAAAGGUGGGAGAAAGACACCCACUUUGGCGUCCCCAGUUCCAGGAACACCUUUUCUCCGGCCUGUCCACCAAGUUCCCCUCGUUCCCCAUGUCCCUAUCGUUCGUCCUGCUCACCAGCUUCACCCAGGGUUGGUCCAAAGGAUGCUGGCCCAGGGAGUACAUCCACAGCAUCUUCCAAGUGUGCUUCAAGCUGGUGUGCUUCCUCCUGGAGUGGACCUGACUCACUUACAGGGAAUAUCUGGCCCAAUCCUGGGUCAGCCCUUUUACCCUUUACCUGCUGCUAGUCACCCUCUCCUAAACCCUCGGACUGGGACACCUCUGCACCUGGCAAUGAUGCAGCAGCAGCUACAGCGCUCAGUUCUGCAUCCUCCAGGCUCUGGUUCCCAGACAGCAGCCGUUAACGUUCAGACCGCCCCUCAGAAUGUGCCCAGCCGGUCAGGCCUGCCCCACAUGCACUCCCAGCUGGAGCACCGCCCCAGCCAGAGGAGCAGCUCCCCUGUGGGCCUUGCCAAGUGGUUUGGCUCAGACGUCCUACAGCAGCCCCUGCCUUCCAUGCCCACCAAAGUCAUCAGUGUAGAUGAACUGGAGUAUCGACAGUAAGCAGAACAGGCAGGCUCACCCAAGCCUGGACCUCUGGUACCUGAUCAGGACUCACUGCCUCAUCUUGGGUUGAUUUACGGGCUGUCACAGUGGAGCACUCUGUGCGAAGCUGUUUGGGGGCCCAUGCACCUGCUGUGGUCUCCAUUAUGAGGAAAAGAACAACCAAUACAGUGGAGUCUACAUUGUCUGAAUAUGGGAUGCACGAUGUUGGCAAUCCUAGAAAGUUUUUCUUUUUGUAACAUAUGUGAAUGAAGUGUUGGUGUCUUCACCAAGAGGUGGCACCUAAGGGUUCUAAGGAAAUAAAUGUAUAGACCCUUAUGUACAGACCUGUGUAUAAACAACUUUUGUAUAUACAUAUAGGAUAGCUUUUUUGAACUUAUACAGCUGUACAUAAAAGUAGCUCAUAUUAGUUAAGACUUUGUGAAAAGUUGGUUUUUUUUUUUCACUUGUACAUUUGGGUUUUUUUUUUCUUUUGAUGAUUAAAAUUGCAUAUGCUAUGUGUGUGAAUGAA